AUGGAAACAGCGCCGCACAACAUCCAGACUGAGCGCUUCGAGGCGGAUCAGUACGUCCGGGUGCAACUCUCGACGGGACGCUCCGAGAUUGGUGUCGUGCUCAGCAUUGACGAGGCCGAUGGGACGAUCGUCAUAGCGACCCGCCACGGGUACGACAUCACCGUGCGUCUCAGCAGCGUCCGACGCGCCUUUCUGCUGGUGCUUGAUCUCAACGGCGUCCUGGUGUCCCGCGGAUGUGGGAGCUUCGUCGACCGUCCCGGGGUCCGCGAGUUUAUCAAUUUCGUGAUGAACAACUUCGUGGUCGCGGUUUGGACUAGCGGACUAGAGCGCACCUCCAACCCUAUCAUUGAGAAGGUGUUUGACGGCUUUCAGGACAGGCUGCUCUUCAAGCUCUAUCGCGACUCGUGUACGAUGUGGCCAACGCCGGAGAAGCCGUACCGCACCCUCAAGAACCUGCAGCGCAUCUUUGACACCUACCCGAAGAGCUUUCAUGCCGUGAACACCAUCAUUGUGGACGACUCCCCUGACAAGUGCUCACACCCCGAUAUCGCUCUCUGCCCCGUGCCGUUUAAUGAUCCGGAGAAGCAAGUGGACGACAACGGCCUCGCGUUGGCGAUGGAGGUGCUGAAGGAGGUACUCCGCACCGAAUCUCUCGCGCCGCUGAUUCGUGCAAGCGAGGAGCGACUGGUGGCACUUGCGAUGCAAGAAGAAAAGAGAAAACAGGAGGAGCAGGAGGGGCACGAAACCACGGUAGAAGUCAGCCGUUCACCAGAUGACACGAAGAAGGCGACGUCUACGGAGUUGCCGGCAACAUUUCUCUGGGAUACGCAUUUGUGCGGCGAUCACAUUAACGGCAGAUGUGCGCGUGAGGGCUGCCGCUUUAGCCACAGUGCAGAUGACACUAAACAGCCAUGCUAUCGGAAGGGCGACUGCCGCCGCGGUCAAACGCACCGGUGGACCGACGUCUUUCCGCUUGCGCAAGCCGAAACCCCGUCGCGCAACGCCUCAAUGAAAACGCUCGGAAGUUCGGCUCCCUUCAACGUGUCAAAUAUCUUCUCACUCUUUUCCACUAACCCAGAUCAUCAGAGAGAGCAGCAGCAGCGCGAUGAGGUUGGGAGUAGCAAUGCCCAUUCAAAACAGGAGUGGAGCAAAAACACCAAUCCUCGGUCACAACAGCCACAACCCCAACAUCCACAACCACAACAGCCACAAAAGCGGAAGCAGCAGCAGCAGCAAAAGCAGCAGCAGCAACAAAAGCAGCAACAGCAGCAACAAAAGCAGCAACAGCAACAAAAUAGGCCUCAAAAAGAGGCGAGGGAUGAAGAACGCCGGCGUGACAGAAACGGGAGUUCUUUUGGAAAAAAUGAAACCACUCGUGGGAUCUCAAAUGUGGCGCAACUAUCAGGGUCCCUUCGUGGGGUACUGCGCGAUACCCGUGCUGGUGGCUCUGUGGGGCCGGAAUCCACAACCAUGCGGUUUACCGGUGAUAGGCAGGAUGGCACUGCCCUUCUUCGCCAGCUUGGGGAGAGCUUGUUGAUUGCCAAGGGUGGGGGACCCGCCACCAUGGGGCCAACUAGAGGGAGGGGCAAACCUUGCUAA